AUGGACUAGGAGACGUGGGAAAAAGUGCACUUGCGCUUUAACGAGAACAAGACUGUGAGCUUCAACCAACGCAAGAUUUUCGUCUUCGAUCCGGAACAAUCUGCAGGCACCGAGGAUGACAUGGUCGUCGUCCCAAACAUUCCCAUGCUGAGCGCCACGUCGCAGAGCAAGCACGCGGCGCGCUUCCUGCGCCUGGCCAUGGCCUCCAUCAUGGACAUCCUCAAGGUGAAGCCCUUCGUCGAGGUGUCGGUGGGGCAGCUGCUCUGGGGCUAUGAGGACCCGCUCAUCAAGCUGGCCAAGGACGUGGUGCCCAACGACCAGAAGCUGCCCUACGAGCAGUUCGGCCUUCUCUACGGGCUGCAGAAGCUGGCGAUGCGCGCGGGCGUGAGGGACGCGGCGCAGCUGCUGGCGGUGGUGCCCCUGAAGCAGCUGGCGGCGACGCUGGCGUCGGCGGUGGCAGCGGCGGCGGCCGUGGCGGUGUCGCUGCUGAACGCCGGGCUUGAGUCGCAGGCGCGCCACAAGAACGGCACGUCCAAGGACCGCGUGACCAUCUUCACGGGCGCCUCCGACAUCACCCGCUACGGCCUGAUCGACCGCUUCAACGGCAACAGCUCCCUCACGCACUGGAAGACGCCCGCAUGCAACCGCCUGGACGGCAGUGACGGCUCCAUCUUCCCGCCGCACAUCAAGAAGAGCGACACCAUCUACGUGUACGACAAGGACCUCUGCCGCAUCCUCCCGCUCGUCUUUGAAUCUGAAGUGGAGACUGCUGGUGGGGUACCUGGAUAUCGCUUCACGCCUCCCCUCGAUGUUUUUGGUGAUACCACCGAGAAUCCAGAGAACGAGUGCUUCUGCCCUGGUGGGCCCCCCUGUGCCCCAAGUGGCUUUUUCAAUGUCAGUCUCUGCCAAUAUGAUUCACCAGUUCUACUGUCCUUCCCACAUUUUUAUCUUGCACCUGAAAGAUACCGUCUUGCCGUUGAGGGAAUCAGUCCACCAAAGAAGGAGGAUCACCAGUUCUUCCUGGAUGUGCAGCCUCAAAUGGGUGUGUCGCUACGAGCACGUGCUCGUGUCCAAAUCAACUUGGCUGUCAGCCAAGUGGUGGAUAUCAAGCAAGUGGCUACUUUCCCAGACAUAAUCUUCCCUAUUAUGUGGUUUGAAGAUGGAAUCAAUGAGCUCCCUACUGAAGUGACAUCAUUGCUGUCUCUGGCAACAAGAGCACCACCCAUUGCUCGAGCUGCUAUCUCGUAUGGUCUAUUUGCUGUGGGUGCUCUAUUGCUCCUGAUGGCUGUGGGCUGUUUAGUGCGCUCCAGCCGGCGUCAGGAGACGUUGCGUCUGCAGGCUUCAAACCACUACACCAAGCCCACCCCUACCCCCAACCCACAUGCUGCUGCUGCAGCCGCAGCUGCUGUGAAUGGCAAGAACGGCAAGACAAUGGAGACCCUCAACCCCACCUUCCUCAUGGGGCCCAAUGACAAUGGCAAUGCAGCAGCCAAUAGUUAGGCUCCCUCCUCAUCACAAGCAUCGCCACAAAUGGAGAGAAAAAUGAUGGGCUGAUGACUUGUGUAGAUGCUCAAGAAUGUACAUAUAUAUCAUUCGUUAUGUAGGUCCAUAUAUAGGUGUGUUGUGGAUUGCAUGAGAAAGAGUGAAUGAGUGUUUGAAUGAGCAGCUAUGUUUAAAAGAUGGGCAGGCGUUACGAGGUCAAUUUCAAAUGAUCAUGAACUUUCCAAAUUUUAGCAAAGUGUAUCUCAAGAGGUGCUGUGGAUGAAUGGUUCUCUUAAAGAGAUCAGGAUAUCCGUUAUGUUUUAAGGAUUGUAAUUAAGGGAUGAAGUUAAUUGUUGAUAUUGCAGUUGAGAAAGGCUUGGUCAUGUCAAUCAAAUGUGCCUUUUAUAGUGGUACUUUUAAGAUAUUUAACUCAUUGUUUAGUAGUUUUAUCUGACGGAGUUCAAAUCUUACAUAUUGAUUGAAUUGGAACCAGAGCAUUCAUUUCUUUUUAUGAGGCUACACAAAUGUCACAAAUAGGAGACACAAGUGAAUGCAGUACCUGCAUUUAUGAUUGCUCAAUAAACUCUGAGAUUGAACACCUGAUUUUAUGAACAUGUACAUUACAGUAAUCCAAAUGUGAAAAAUUUCUGAAGUGUGUUGGAAGUAUGUUCACAAAAGAUGUUUCUUUAUAUGAAAAUGUUUUCACUGUAUAUAUAAAUAAAAUAAAAAAUUCUUCCGUU